CACCGGGUUUCUGCCAGAGUUCAGGCCGGGCAGAGAAGCUCCUGUCCCGGUCACCCUCACCCAGGAUUCCCGCGGAGAGCCAUGGCGGCUCCUGUAGCUGAGUUCGACGAGGACUGGCAGGACUUUAACGAGUUUAAAGCGGCCUCAGAUGAGACGUUAGACCGUUUAAACUGUAACCAGGCUGAGCUCGAGCCUAAGCCGGGGCCUGAGGAGGAUUUGUGGGCCGAGUUGCAGAGCUCUGUGUGCGGGGAGACCCGCAGCUUCGUGUCGGUGGAGGAACUGGUGCAGAACUUCCACCAGAGACUCGGUGUGUGUUUUACAGACCACAGCAGCAGCACAGAGAAGAUCUCAGAGCCUGUCGAGCCCAUCACUGAGGAGAACCUUCUGCAGCAGGAUGAGAUCUGGAAUGCUUUGACCGAGAACUAUGGGAACGUCAUGCCUGUAGACUGGAAGACGUCUUACACUCGUUCUCUCCAUCUUCCUUCACUCAACCUACACCAGCAACAGAAGCUGGAGAGUGUGAAUCUGGAUCUAUCUGAUGAUGAAGAGCUGAGGGAGCAGAUGGAUCUGCACUCCAUCAUCGUCUCCUGUGUUAAUGAGGAACCACUGUUCACAGCUGAGCAGGUGAUCUCGGAGAUUGAGGAGAUGAUGAUGCAGGAGUCUCCUGUCGAGGACAAUGAGGACUCACCAUCAGAUCUUUCCACACUUUCUCAGGAGCUACACACACUCCCACACUCCACCUCCACCAGCAGCUUCGAAGAACGUCUGCGUGCCAUGAGUGUGGCCGAGUUGGAGGCUCGGUUGGACGAGGUGGAGAAAAAGAUCCGGACCUUUUCUGAGGAGCUGAUAGAUCAGUUGGCGCUGCGUGAUGAGCUGGACUUUGAGAAGGAGGUGAAGAACAGUUUCAUCUCGCUGCUCAUCGACAUACAGAACCGACAGAAAGAGGCGAUUAAGAAGAGGAGGAAGAGCAGGAACACCACAGCGGGCACACUGAGAGGAGAACAUGCUCCUGGAACUUAUUUAACGACAGUGAUUCCAUAUGAGAAGAGAAGUGGAGCUCCGUCAGUAGAAGACUUACAGAUCCUCACCAAAAUUCUACAUGCUAUGAGAGAAGACAGUGAUAAAGUUCCCAGCCUGCUCACUGAAUACAUCCUCAAAGUGCUUUGUCCCACAUAAACCAGAUGAGCAAAAUUCUCCAGAAGAUGAUUCAGGACUUCCUCAAGUUCUUCCUCAAAACUCAGAGGUUCUCCAGCCUGAACAUUUACUUCUAUAUGGAACUGUUUUAUUGUGCUAGAAAAAAAUAUUUUUCUACUUUUCAGCCAUGUAGCUCAGUAUUAUCAGUAUUCCCUUCAUAGUCUGACCAAUCAGGAACUGAGAGCAGCGUGACAUCAGUGUGGCUCUGUCCCAAACGCUAGUGCUUUUAUGAUUUUUAUGUUUUUUAGUAACUAGCUAUCAGCCUGUAACUCUACAAUACUGAUGGUAUUGUCAUACGUAAGUUUGACUAUCAGAAAGUCCUGUAUCAGACCGGGUUCUGUGAGUUCCAGUGUUUUGGACGGAGCCUCAAACAAUCUGAACUCCAAAUAGAGCGCUAACUAUUUACGUUAUGUCAGCAUAACUUUCUGUGUAAUUGAUGUUUUCGAAUGCAUUUGUGUUCUUUUUUAAAUGUAGACGCUGCUAAUUCUAAAAUUCCGUUUGAGCUGAAGAUCAGCGGCCUGUUGCACCAGUUGAACAUAAAGCAAUAUUUUGAUCAAAACUGCAUUUUAGACAAUGCUUAAACUGGGUUGGUUCAAUAAAUAACAGCUUUUAUAGCUGUUAUGCUUUAAACUGUUUAAUAAAAAUGGCUUGUAACACUAGCUAAUCUAGGUACACAGUUGUUAGCCAAGCAUAAAUAGUGAGCUAAAGAAGAAGCCUUGGGUAGAGCAGCAGCUAGUGAGAACACUAGCUCGUGAGUUGGCUCUCCAGCUCCAGUAUCUGCGGUGUUUAUGGGGUUCACUAACAAGACACAGCUGGGUGUGUCUGAGGGAGAGAAGGCCGGGUGGAUUCUUACCCCCCCUGCCCCUGCAACAGUGACUCCUGCUGUCUUGUUGAGGUGUCAGCACAAGCAGUGGAAAAUUACAGAGAGAUCAGUGGGUCCUCCAUACCUACCGAAUCUCUCAGUAAUCUGGUGUAGUGAUUAGGUGUACCAGUCCACAGCCAACCCCAGCCAGACAGAACAUUAUGCAGAGGCCGAGGUCACUAGAGUGCACAGAGAAUGGCACUGAGAAUAUUUAAAAAUGGGUGCAACGGGAACCCCUUCGUUGUAAUUUUUAACCUGUAGAUGAGCGUUCAUACUCGGCUACGAUCGAACUGGUGCAACAGGCUCCUGGGUAUUUUUUUACUGACAGAAACGUUACAGAAUUGUAGUUUUGAUACAAACAAAUAGGAAAAGAUGCACCGGAACCUAAAUAGUUAAAAGGAAUUAAUUUCUAUAAUGUUACUAAUGUUCCUGUGCAUCUUUUUCUUUAAAAAAAAAAAAACUAAUAAAAAAAUUAAAAUGUCAGAUAUUUUCAUAACACUAUUUCCUUAAGAACCACAAACGUUUAAGCAUUUUUUCUUUAUAGAGAGAGUGUUAGACGUGAAGAGCGGAUGAUAAAUGAAUGUGAAAAGAUGGACACAAAAAUAGGUACGAAUUUCAUGCUGGGUCAGUCGGCGAACAUGAAGCAAGUUGCACAGUGAUACACCAUAUGGACAAAAGUAUUGGGACACCCCUUCGAAUUAUUGGAUUCAUGUGUUUCAGCCACAACAGUUGCUUACAGGUGUAAUAAAUCAAUUAUAUAAAGGAAAUUAGAUGCCUCCAACUGCUUUCAAGCUCUAGAAAGACAUAAAGAAAGGCUUGGUUUAAUGAAACUCCAGUGACCUGCACAGAGCCCUGACCUCAGUCUCACUCAUCAGCUCUGAAAUGAUCUGGAACAUCAAUUUCUUGACCAGCAUCAUUGUUCGACCAUACAAAUGCUCUUCUGACUAAAUGGGCACAAAUUGCCACAGAGUUACUUCUUAAGUCAUGUGGCGGCUGUUCCAGCUGAAAAGAUCACAGAGAGGUCUCUCUGUUUUAAUGCCAUUUUUGUAAUGAGAUGUUCAGCAAGCUCAUAAUCAGGUGUCCAAAUACUUUUGGCUGUAUAGUGUAUUUUUUGGAAUUUAAAAGGGACGUGAUUGUUGAAAGACAUGAAAUAAACUGCAAUGUUUUAAUAUCAUAACCACCGAACCAAAGAAGGGAUUUUUACAGACGGUUUAGAUUUUAGGUUUUAGUUUUUUUAUUAAUUUUAUUCAUUAAUUGUAAUUGUAGGAGUUUUUUUUAAUGAUUUAGGUGCAGGAGUGUUUUUAAGUGUUAACACAGCUUUAGCAUGUUCUACCAGGAUUGUAAUCGUAGCAUGUUUACCAUUAAGUCUAAAAUUGUUGUAAAAUUGUUUGUACAGCGUUUGUUUAUGUUUAGCUCAGCUCAUACUUUACUCUGCUUUGAUUUAAUGCCUGAUUUAAUAUUCUAAGCUAGCUAGCUUUACCAGCUUUUUAUUCACUUCAUCGUCACAUGACCACACAAGCAAGAAGUUGACAGCAGCAAGGCAACAUGGGAUGCGUAGUUUUGCAUAGUAAUUGAGGGUUGCUUACCUGUGGUUCCAGUGUUUUAUUAUAAGUGAAUUUAUGAACCCUUUUUUUUUAAUCUUCACAUUUCUCAGCGGUGCUGCCUUGAUUUGCAGCUUUGUGAGCUCAGCUCCACCACCUAGAGUUUAUUGGGUCAUAGAGGUGCUCUUUAAGUUUUGGGAUAGGUAUUUUGGGGGCGGAACUACUUUUGGGGUGUUUUUAUUAAGGACCCUGUAAAGUGGUGUCUGUUCUCAUUGGUAAGCUUACUCUUGCACCCACUGUUCCACUUUACUGAUGCUGUUUGCUCACGUUUAAUACUUGCUGACAACUUGUAAGAUGUUUAAUUGUUUUCCACCACCUGAGUGUUCAGCUAAAUAAAAGGAAAUGGGGGGGACUUUUCUUAAAUGAAUGUCAUAACAUUAAGUUUGCAGUUAAUCUAAUUUAUUAGCUCUUAGAAACAUUUAACACAAUAAAUUAGGAUGAUGCUAAAUGCACCGCUCUUCUUUUGCUGCAAGUGAACAAUUCUGUUAGGUCGUUGAUGGGAGGGGAAGUAAACAAGGGUGCAAUAAGAACAUUUUAACGUUCAUGCAUUAACACGGGUGAUUUUUAGCUUAAUUAAAUGUAUAUUAGCGCUGAUGCUAGUUUGUUUAUUUGGCUGAUGAAUACAGAUUUAUAUUUAUACUGAACAACAGCAAAACGCUGCCUUUAUACACCUGAUCAAUUCUACAUAAAGUAAAGAUAUUUUAAUGCACCAUUCAUCACAUGAUUUUUAAUUUUUAACUGUUUUUUAGCAUCUCAUCAUCUGCAACUGUGCACAUAUUUUUGCAAAUUGCAACACAUUUAAAAUAAAUGCUAACCUUCUAAAAA